UUUUACUAUUUUCUUCAAUUCAACCUUUCUCCUCUCCUUCUUUUUUUUUUUUUUUAUAUAUAUCUCCAUUCUUUUAAUAUACAACAAUAUAUAUAUAUACAUAUGGAUUCUUCUAGUAAUGCUCGAUCUCAUUCAUCACGACCAGGUCGAUCUUCUACUACUACUCCUGGCAAAAGAACCAACGUCACCAUGACUCAACGCAAUGCUGAUAGAGAACGUGAAUUACAACGACUGAAAAGCCUUGGGGUAGUAUCAGUUCUAAACAAGACAUUUGAUAUGCAAGACUCUACAUUUCUUUCACCUGCACCUAUCCCUUCUCCGUCUUCUUCUACAUCAUCUACAGCAGUAACAGACCACACCAUCUUAAAACCACCAUCAUCAGAACCCUCAGAAUUGUCAGAGGAUGACUACAACCGACAUAUCAAUUAUUAUGACGCGACAAACAAGACUCAAGUUGAUAAUAACAACAACAGCAACUAUACUAAUAAUAAUGAUGAAAAGACUCGACAUGGUCUACGACAAAAAUCAAGCAGCGAUCACCAUUGGGUAAUGACAACUCUUCCACCCGAACAAGAUGAGCCUAGACCGUCAACAAAUAUACACUAUGAUGGAUAUGGUAACUUAUCGACAUCGGAGAUCAGUACUUUAUUGAAGAACAGCAACGACGAUAACAGCAACCACAACAAUGAUGAUGAUGCUGACUACGAUGAUCUAAAACUAUACCAAGUUGAAAACCAUGCAGCUCUUAUUGACGCCUACAAAAGCACUCGACAUGUUUUACAACAAUUACUCUAUCGAUUAAAAGAAAGUCAAAAAGGUCAACAACUUAUGGAACACUCUACGAAACAAACAAUGGAGACUUGGCUGAAUGAAAAGGAAAUGGAAUCCAUCAAAGUAAAACAACUAUCUGAAGUGGUGUUAAAACAAGAUCAAAUGAUUCAUCAAUUGGAAUUGGCUCUUUCCUCCGUCUUGGCUGAUAAUGAAGACUUGCGAAAACUCAACAACAAUAGUGACAACAGUGACCGAAGCAUGACAAAGGACAAAUCAAACCAUACAAAUGACAAUAGUGAAAAUGAAAUAACGAAGAAGGAAAAAACUCGACAAGGAUGGUCAGAUCUUCGACAAGAAUUGCAACAACUUCAAUCUCAAAAGGUCGAUUAUGAAGAAAAAAUCGUGUCUCUAUACAGUGAACUGGAAUCAAGUCAAGACGAAGUACGGCAACUUACUCUUUUAUCUGAAAACUUACACCAACAAUGUCAGCAACAACAAAUUGCUAUUGAUGAAAAGAUGACCCAGCUGACGAAACAAUCGAUGAACAAGGAUAUUCUAAUACGAAAAUACCGACACCUUGAAAGUAUGGAACAACUUGGUCGUGCAACACAACAACUAUCACAGCAACAAGAACAAAUUCAACAUCAGCGUACCGAUAGUCAAAUGGAUGAUGUUUCUACGAUUCAUAGUAUCUUAUCUUCCUCAUCAUCCAACAGCACAACAACAACAAAUGAAUUGGAUACAACUGCCAUGAUUUCGACAUCUUCUUUGAUUUCUAGGCCAUUAGGAAAAAUUACAAACAAACGAUCUUGGAACACUAUGCCUCAACGAAAAGGAAAAGCUGCAAUGAACGUUCUCUCUUGGCCUGGUGGUUAUAUUCCUCCUCCUUCUGGACCUCCUCCAAGUGCACCACUUCCUCCUUUACCACCUGUGGAUCAUGAUGAACAUGACGAUGAUGAUGAUGAGCAGGUAGAUCCCGAACUCAAUCGUAUGACACAAAGACACUCUACACCAUCUCAUCAGCAACAACAAAAACCAAAUGAUCCAAGAUUCUCAUCUUCAUUAGAAAUGUUGUUAUUGCAAGCACCUUCUGGAUAUAUCUUGGAUGAUGAUACAGCAAUGGAACAAGCGUACCGUGAAUUUACUGAACAACUGUCAAGUCGAUUAUCGAUCUCAAAAGAAAUUGAUCAUCUUGAAUUAUGGGAUCAUGAAGCUUUGGAAAGGUUACAGCAACGACAUCAACAAGAAAAACGACAACAACAAGCAAGACCAGCAUCUUUGGCUCCUACGACAGAAACAAGUACUUCUUCAAAAUGGUCCUCUUCAAGUGAUUUGGAUGAAAAACAUCAUGGACGUGACAAUACUGCAUUUUGGAAAGGUAUGAAGAAAAAGUUACGGGUAUAGUCAAGCAAGAAAAAAAAAAAAAAAAACUGCCGGUCCAGUUUCUUCCUCUACUUUUAUAAUUUUUUUAGUUUAGUUUCUGUAUUUUAUAGUCCUUAGUCAUUUGUCACUUUUUUGAUAUCCACUUUUUAUAUGCAAUAAAGCUUUUUUACUUGACAUGCGGAAUGUCAAUUGAUUUGUACUCAUAUAAAAAAAAA